AUGUCAUCUUCCUUUUUUCAUCCAUGGCUCUGAAUAAUUUUGUUGUGCUUUUCUUCAGUUUGACUUUACAACUCCUCUUCCUUCUACUUGGUGUUUCAUCGGAAUCACCAUGGAUCACCGCCGGAGAUGUGACUCAAGUCCCGAAGAAGUACCUCGAAUUAGCCAAGAGUCCGGAGGUCUUCGAUCGGAUGGUGAGUAUCAGAAGGAAAAUUCACGAGAAUCCUGAGCUUGGUUACGAGGAAUUCGAAACCAGUAAACUCAUUAGGUCGGAGCUAGACCUUAUCGGAGUUAAGUAUAGGUAUCCCGUAGCUAUCACCGGUGUUAUCGGUUAUAUCGGCUCUGGAGAACCACCGUUCGUUGCUCUGAGAGCUGAUAUGGAUGCUUUGCCUAUUCAGGAAGCUGUUGAGUGGGAGCAUAAGAGCAAAAAUCCUGGUAAAAUGCACGCUUGUGGACACGAUGGUCAUGUUGCUAUGCUUCUUGGUGCUGCUAAGAUUCUUCAAGAACAUCGCCACGAUUUACAGGGAACUGUGGUGCUUAUCUUUCAGCCAGCUGAGGAAGGUUUACGCGGAGCAAAGAAGAUGAUAGAAGAAGGAGCGUUGAAGAACGUCGAAGCUAUUUUUGGGUUACAUCUUACCAACCGAGUUCCCUUUGGCAAAGCGGCUUCACGUGCAGGUCCCAUGCUUGCUGGAGCUGGAUUCUUUGAAGCUGUAAUCACUGGGAAAGGAGGUCAUGCUGCCAUCCCUCAGCAUACCGUAGAUCCUGUUGUUGCAGCUUCGAGCAUUGUCCUCAGUCUUCAACACAUUGUUUCACGUGAAACUGACCCUUUGGAUUCAAAGGUGGUCACAGUUUCUAAGGUUAAUGGUGGCAAUGCGUUCAAUGUCAUCCCUGACUCAAUCACCAUAGGAGGAACUCUUCGAGCCUUUACCGGGUUUAGUCAGCUUCAGCAGAGAAUCAAAGAGGUGAUUACAAAGCAAGCAACCGUCCAUCGAUGCAAUGCAUCUGUGAAUCUAACACCAAAUGGCAAAGAACCGUUACCACCAACAGUGAACGACAUGGACUUAUACAAGCAAUUCAAGAAGGUGGUCGGAGACUUGUUGGGUCAAGAAGCUGUUGAGGAAGCACAACCGUUGAUGGGAUCAGAGGACUUCUCAAAGUUUGCAGAAGUAAUCCCUGGCCAUUUCUCCUUCCUGGGAAUGCAAGAUGAGUCCAAAGGGUAUGCGUCAUCUCAUUCACCACUCUAUAGAAUUAACGAGGAUGUGUUUCCGUACGGCGCUGCAAUCCAUGCAUCGAUGGCUAUGCAGUACCUCAAAGAGAAAGCUUCUAAAGGUUCUGCCUCAGGCUUCCAUGACGAACUCUGAAUUUGUCUAGCUAGUUCUAGACUUAUUUACUCAUCAGUUAUAGGCUCGUUCAUGUUUCUUAGUAAUAGUAAAAGUCACACUCCACGGAAAUGAAUGUUAUUUGCAAAUUUAUUGUCAAACAAUGUCGCAUAAUUUGAAAUCCAAAAAAGAUAACAUCAAUUACUGUGCUA